CAAGAGAGAGAGGAGGAGGGAAGAGGCAGACGAUGGGGAAGGCUCCCAACGAGGAAACCCCUGGCAAAAUCUGAUCAGUGUGCGCGCGGAUGCUCGAGCGACCAAAACGGCAGUUCCAUCCCAGAAAUCGGUGAAGGAACCAAGAAUCAAUCGGCCGCCCGAACGAUGGCCUUUCGACUUUGAUGCCGAGUCCUCAGAAGGAUGGAGAGAAAAAGGAAGAUCGCGCCUCCGUUGGUCAUCCUCCUCUCUCUGCUCCUGCUGCCCGCGUCUUCCACUUGGGACCUGAACGACUUGCACGGCGGCACACAGCCGCGCUUGGUGUGCGCGCGGCGGGGGCCGCCCGCCAAUCGAGCGCGCCUCCGGCCGGCUGGUGGGGGGCGAGCGACGAGGCCAAGGCCGCCACGCUGCACCUGCGCGAGAGUCUGCUGCGCCACAGAGAGACCAUCCUGGACCAGAGGGAGACCAUCCGAGAGCUGACCGCCAAGCUUGCCCUGUGCGAGGGCUUCGCCGGCUCGUCUCAUGACGACCGAGCGAGCGCGCCCUCGGACCACGCCUCGGACGGAGCCGACGGCGCAAAGCCCCGAGAGAAGGACGACGUCGUCGAGCAAGCGAGCUCGGGGGCUGCCCCGUCCUCAUCGGAGCAGAUGGAGAGGAUGCUGCAGGCGCUCAAGGACAGGCUGGAAAACCUGCAGCAGAAGAGGAACUCGUCCCUGACCUACUCGAGCUCCCUGAGGGAGCUUCUGCAGAGGAAGAUCGACACUCUGGAGGAGCAGCUGCACCCGCACGACCACCACCGCCAACACCCGAAUGACCACAGCGGCGACAGCGGCAACCACACCGGAUACUUUGAAGAGCACGGCGACGGAAGCCAUCGCGGGGACGAGGGCCUCGACGAAAGCCAUCACGGGGACGACGGCGGUCAUGACCACAACGAGGCAGGCGGUCACGAUGACCUCCCAGGAGGAGGACACCACGGCAACAAACUGGACAACAUGCUCGACCAGCUUCACCUUGCAGGUUCGGGCCGGAAGAAGGAGGCCGCCGCCUUCCAGCUGAGCUUCCCCGUGCGCACGGGCUACAUGCACGCACGCAUCAAGAGGACGCUGCCGCGCCAGAUCUUCGCACUCACUUUGUGUCUGCGGAUCAAGGCCGGCGCCGGGCCCGCCAUGGGGACGCCGUUCUCCUACUCGGCACCGGGCCAGGCCAACCAAGUGGUGCUGAUCGAGUGGGGGGGCAAUCCCGUGGAGCUGCUGGUCGACGACCAGGCCGUGUCUUUGCCCGUGAUGCUGAGUGACGGCAAGUGGCACCACGUCUGCGUGACGUGGUCCACGCGAGACGGCCACUGGGAGGCCUACCAAGACGGCGACCUGCGGGGGUCCGGCGAGGGUCUGGCCCCCUGGCAUCCCGUCAGAGCAGGAGGGGUCUUUGUCCUGGGACAGGAACAGGACACACUGGGUGGGCGUUUCGACGCCACACAGUCCUUUGUGGGGGAGCUGGCCGACGUGCAGAUGUGGUCCUCGGUCCUGAGCGGGGCCGACAUCCAGGGCCUGGCGUCGUGCCGCAACCACCUGGCCGGCGACGUCAUCUCGUGGUCCGACGUGGACGUGGAGCUGCACGGGGGUGUCUUGAGGCGCCCCUUCCAAACCUGUCACUGAAAAAGACUCCAGCGCAUCACAUUUGACGGUGACAAUACAAAACACUGUGAUGCUCUAAAAUGGGGGCCAAAAGACUUUUUUGAGUGGGGGGGGGGUCGAUGCCUUGAUUUGAACUUUUUGGGGGGGGGUCACUUGUACAGUCUUUGUGGCAACAUAAUAGAAUGGCCAAUGUCUGAUGAUUAGUUAGGUUCUCUGACAUCUUGUCACGUUAUUUAUAAUUUAGCUAAUCAUUUACUUUGUUGUAACAAUGUGUUGACAAAUUUAUCUGGAAGAUUUCCACACAAAAUACAGCUAAAUAACCAAAGAAGUGUCAUCAUUUUGUUAGACUUAAACAUUGACGUAGAUUUUACUCAAAGUCCUUUUGUGACGACGACCCUUCAAAUGUAUUGUUUUAAACACACUAGCGCAAGUAUGGAUCAGUAGAAGUGUCCUGAAAAAGUAAUUGAACUGUGACUGUAUAUAAUUUUCUUUUUUUUUUUGUCAUUUUAAUGGCACUUCUUCAAAUAAUGUAACUUCAUAUCAUGAAGUCAAUUUGUCACAAUACUCAGCGAGCGUCAGCACAGGAAGGCAACAGUUAGCCACAGCAGCUGUGAUGGGAGCAGGACUUAUUUCUAUGAGAGUGUGACCACUAUCACACUAAAUCUAUCGGUUUGAAGUUUUAUAUUCUGGACUAUAAAAACAAUUAAAUGUCAUGAGGUGAUAAAAAUGUACGUCGCGCAAAAAUGAAUCCUCACUUCUGAAUCCUCUCAGCUGCCUGACAUCCCAUCACUCAGAAUGCUUCUGUGUUUCCAAUUUUAUGAUCAGUUGGUAGCAAACAAAAGAGUAGCCCCACCCCCUAUUUUUUUC